AUGUACGUCGCAAUGAAAACGGAAACGUUCGCGAAAUUAUUCUUCCUUAUAAGUUUCACUGGUUUGAUUAUGUACGCCGUUUUAGCAUUCUACACCUUCCAUACAGCCUACACGACGGUCGCAGAUCUCGAAAAAUAUAACCAGAACUACCCUAUUGCUGACAUGAACCCAAAAGUGGACAGAUUUUACACGGACUUGAAGUAUAUCCUCAUUUGGACAACUCCGGAGUAUUUUCAGAAUCCGCUAGGUGAAGGACAAGGCCCAUUCGUCAAAUACGACUGCCCUUACUAUAAUUGUUACUUGACAACGAAGAAAGAUCUCUUGAAUGGAGAUUACAAGAAUUUUGAUGCUGUGUUUAUGGAUAUAAAUCUGCUGAGAAAAUGGAAGAAAAUGACGUUACCAAGGUCAAGAUCUCAAACACAGAAGUACAUCUUCCAUGGUAUGAGAUCGUCCGACGAGACACCGAUAUGUACGAUCAAUGCGGACAACUAUUUCAAUUGGACGUGGUCAUACAAACUUUCUUCUGAUAUAGUCACCCCAUUUAUUGAAGUGCGAGAUUAUGAGGGGAAUCAAAUAGCACCAAGAGUCAAUGUCCAAUGGAAGAAGGAUAUGACCAAAAUUUCUGAUGUUGAGAAGGAAAAGAUGAAGACGAAAACGAAGGCUGUGGUUUGGGUCAUGAACAGUUGCAGCACAAGGACCAACAGGAUGGUUUUCGUCAAGCAACUGCGCGAUGCCUUACGGGAACACUCUUUGGAACUAGAUAUUUAUGGAUGUAAGAUGUUCACUUGUCCCGGGAACGAUUGCAUGAAGCUUGUGGAAAGAGAUUAUUAUUACUAUUUGGCUUAUGAAGAUAGUAACGCUGAAGAUUAUGUAACUGAGGAGGUGCUGAAAGCGUACCAUCAUAAUGCUGUGCCGAUCGUAAAAGGUGGCGCAAAUUACAAACAGUGA